AUGUCGUCUUCAAGACAGAAGUCGUUCUUUGAGCAAGAUCAUGGUUCCAAGGUAAGAAGAAUUUGCCAUGUCGAGACGCGUCGCUUCGAGUCUGAUGCACCGCAGUCAAAAGCACCAUGGCAGGGCAAUCGCAGUUUCGACAAGAAGCCAUCCGCCAACGAGGCCACCAACAAACCUCUUCCCUCGACAAAGCCUCCAAUCCAGCCUUCGACCGAAACGAAAUCUAAAUUAAAAGCCUUCGAGUUCACCCGCCACCCCGACAAGGAGAAUCCCUCGACUAUCACCACUGCUCCACUGUCACCCGUCAAGCACGCUCAGCCCCCGUCAUCUCCCAUCAAGACUGUACAAGACAGGCCUUUACCUUCAACCCCGGCCAUGCGCCUACCCCUUGCUGAUCUCAUUGGAAAUGCCGAGGACGCUUUACGAAGACCCACACCACAAGAAGAAUCGCCUGUUGAAGAGAUUGGUUGGAUAGCAAAUAGCUCACACCCAGACCUGACUCCACGUCAGAGGAGGAGACGUCCCCAGAGUUCAUCACCUGUUACUUCUUCCCAGAACGAUGCAUCUGACCUUCUGGAUUCGAACCUCCCACAAUCUGCUUUUAAGACUCCGAGAGCCGACCCAGCUGCCGAACUGUGGACGCGAUACGCUACUGCUAGAAAUCCCGACGAGACACCCAUCGAGAAACGGAUUCCUUCGUUAGCACAUCUCAUGAAUGACUCUUCGCCUCGGUCAGCUCCUCGAACACCUGGAGGCAGCGUUGGUGGUUUGAGGAGAUGGGCAAGCUGUGGUCUAGAAUUUCCUUCUUCUCGAGUCAAACGACGUCGCGUUAAUGGCAUCUUUCGGGACAACACCAACCCUCAGGACCCAUCUGUCGCAAAGCCUUUGUCACGAGUAGGCAUGUUAGUCGAAAAGGUCCAAGAAUCUCUCGCCCACAAAGAUAUUCCUUCAAGUUCUUCACCCUUGCCUGAUAAGGGCGAGUUUCCCAGGAUACACAAGCUCACUUCAGACCAUCAAAGAUCACAACCGCCUUCGGCACGUUCUUCGCAACAAUAUUCUUAUCAGAAUGAAGACGCCGAGUUUGACGAUACAGACAUCACAUUGGAUGACAUGGCCGAGAUGCAACCAAACUACACGACUCAGGACAACUCUAUGACUAAUACAACCAUAAUGAACACUAUUGACGAGGAUGAUGACGAAUUCGGCGACGACUUUGGUGAUGAUCUCGACGCUGAAGAGAUAGAGAAUGCUGUUUCAUUCUUCGAAAGCAGACCUGGCACCUCAAAUGGCCAGUUUAUCUCACAACAAAACACCUGUGCAAUCGCCCAGCCCGAUCAACCAUUACCACCCUCUGCACCACCGCCUCUCCAGGAUCAACAGCAGAGGCCACAAACUNUCGACCUGACAGGAUUUUCCGACGACGACGAUGACGACGAAUUUGGUGGUUCUGACCUCGAUGAAGAACAACUUGUCCAGGCUGAAAUAGAUGCUACUCAAGCGUUGGAAGCAAGUACAAGUGCUAGCUCUGUACGUAUUUCGAAUCUUCCCAGGGUGUAG